AUGUCGAAUAUAAUAUUUAUUGAUUAAAAAUUCAGUAUUAAAUUUAUAUUUUAAAAUAAAAGAAUAUCUUAAAGGUUUUUCUUUAGGGAAUUUGUAAUUUAAAAUUUAUAAGUAGUUUAUUUUAUUGAAUAAGAGCAGGUUUAGCAGAGUUUUUACAGAAAAAGGAAAUUGAAAAUAAAAUUUAUUAUAUAUUAAUCAUUUAAAGAAAUGGGUAUAUGCUCUGGAAAAUAGUAAACGAUUAGACAAAGCAAGAAACAAUAGAGUGAAAUAAAAAGAUUUGCUAAACAAAAUAUAAGAUAGUUCUACCGAUUUGGAAAGGUUUUAGGAUCAGGAAGUUUUGGUACUGUAAAAGUGGGUUACAGUGUCAGAGAUUCAAAAGCUUUUGCAAUAAAGACAAUUCAUAAAGUAAACUCGAUGGUCCAAAUAGUAUCGAAUGCGAGAAUAAUUCUACCUAGUUUUAAGAGAGUUAGACAUCCUUACACAAUUGGAUCAUCCGAAUAUUAUAAAAGUUUUUGAAGAAUAUGAAGAUGACAUGUAUUAUCAUUUUGUAAUGGAAUAUUGUAGUGGAGGUGAAUUAUUAGAAAGGAUAGUAGAAAAAGGUAUUUAAAACAACAAUAUAUUCAAUAUUUAGGUUAUAUUGGAGAAUCUGAAUCUAAAUAGAUUAUGUAACAAUUGUUUUCAGCAAUAAACUAUCUUCAUUCUAUGGGAAUUGCUCAUAGAGAUUUAAAACCAGAAAAUAUUCUUUUUGCUUCAAAGGAAAAAGAUGCACCAAUUAAAGUUAUAGAUUUUGGUCUUAGCAAGAAAUUUAGAAAUAUUAAUUAAAAACUUUAAAGAAUGAAUAGUAAAGUAGGAACUCCAAUUUAUGUUGCACCUGAAAUUAUAGCUGGAGAGUAUUAAAUAUAAUUUUAUUAUUUAUAGUUAUUCUUUUUAAUGUGAUGAAUGGUCUCUAGGAUGUAUUAUGCAUGUAUUAUUAUGUGGAAAUCCUCCAUUUUAAGCUAAAAAAUUAGAUAUGUUAGAAGCUAAAAUCAGAUAUUCUGAUGUUGAUUUCUCUUUUUCUGUAUUUGAUCACAUUUCUUCUGAUGCAAAGGAUUUAAUUAAAAAUUUAUUAAUUAAAUAACCUAAAAAAAGAAUUACAUGUGAAAAAGCUUUAGAACAUUAAUGGUUUAAAAAUAUGAAAUUAAGUACUCAUAAACCUUUGUCUAAUAAUGAUCAUUAAAAAAUUAUUAGAUUAUUAAAUACUUAUGCUAAUUCAUCUAAAUUAAAAAAAGAAACACUCAAAAUUUUAAUUAAUCAACUUACAGAAAGUUAAAUUUCUUAAUUAAAAGAUGUUUUUAUUUCUUAUGAUAAAGAUUGUAAUGGUACUGUCUCGAUUUAAGAAAUUUUACAAAUUAUGGCAAAUCUAGGUUUUAAAAAGAGUGAAGAAGAACUUAUUUAAUUAAUCAAGAAAUUUAAUAAUAUUAAUCCUACUAAUGAUGAUAUUACCUAAAAUACAUAAAUUACUUACACUUCUUUCCUUAGUGCAUUAGUCAAUUGCAAAAGUUUUUUAAAUAAAGAAAGAUUAUGGAAUCUAUUCAAAUACUUUGAUAGUGAUAAUAAAAACUUUAUUACUAUUGAAGAUGUGAGAAAAGCAUUCGAAAGAGAAGGAAGACAACUAUCUUAAUCAAAAUUGAUUGCUUUAUUUUAAGAAAUUACAUAAAAUGAAGACCAGAAAACUAUUGAUUUUGAUUAAUUUUGUCAAAUGAUGUAAGACAAUCUAUAUAACAGUAAUAAUAAUGGUGAAAAUUUGGAAAAAGAAUUAGAUUGCUUUCAAAAUUGA